AUGUUCCGGUGGCCCCGUGACACGGAGCCGGAAGAAGCUGUGAGGAAGGAGCAGGUCAGGCCGGAGGAGUCCGUCAGCUGCGUCACUGCAAACUUUCGAGGUUUCAUGACGGAUCUGAGUCACGAGGACUUGGACGGUGAGGAGAGCCUGCAGGAAAUGGUUGAGCUCGUUUUCAAGAGGGCCGUGAAGAAACCACACUCUGCUGCAGUCUUCGCCGAGCUGUGUCAACACCUCUCCACAGUGGAAGUCCAGUCCUUGACCGACUGGUCAGCCAGCGUCUCCUUCAGGUCUCUGCUGGUCAAACACUGCCAGGCAGAGUUCAGGAAGAACUUGGACAAGGAGGGCAUUUCUCAAAAGAGUGGGUCCUGCCUGGAGCCAGUCCGGGACGUGAGGGUCAUCGACCGGCUGAGGGAAGAGCAGAAGAACGCCAAACCUUCCGAUCAGUUCCUCAAUACGCUCAGGUUCAUUGGGGAGCUGUUCCUCUCCAAGGUACUGGCUGAGAAAGCCAUGCACUGCUGCAUUAGGAGGCUGUUGCAGAAAGGAGACGGGCCGUCUCUUGAGGGCCUCUGUCAGCUCCUCCAGCUGAUCCAGCAGGACCUAGAGGUGGUGACGUCAAAGGAAGUGAUGGACUCCUACUACAACCAGCUGGACUUUAUCGCAGAGAAAGGUAAGAGGGCACCAAGGCUCUCCCUUUUGUUGAAGCACACAGCUGACUCAAGGAAGUGAGCAGGCUCCACCCCCACCAAGCCCUCAAAAAGCCAAUUCAUUUGCCUGAAUAAUAAUAAUAAUAAUAAUAACUACAAUUUCAAUAGGGCCUCCCACUGUCAGUGCUCUGGCCCCAAAUACUUACUCAAAAGGGCAAGUGUUCGACACUCUGAUACAAACAUAUUUUCUAUGUAUUUUAUUACAGAAGUAUGAAAAGGCUGAUAUAUGUCCAAAGUUCCACCAGGCAUCCUCCUCACUGGGUUUACUACAUUUUUCUUUGAACAGGAUGUGGACAGCACAGCUAAACACCCAGGCCCAGAAUCAAUAUUUUGUUGAAAAAAAAAUUGAAGAUCCACUCCUCAAAAUAGCACCCAAAAAAUACAUAAACAUGUCCAUUUUCAGAAUACGAUAACAUUUUAGCUAUAAAGAAAAAGGCACACAGCUUUUGUACUUUAUUUUAAUAAAUAACUCAUUAACAGCACAGAGAGAGAACGUGGUAUUGAAAUAAAAGGCACUUUGAAAAGAAUAUUGUGAAGGCCUGCGGGCUGUCCCUCAGAGGCAUUUGGGUGUAAAAGCAUUUCAGAGGUGAUUCAUGUGACAUCUGAACAAAUACUCAAGAUUAAUGCUUUCAAUUUUCAGAAACAUUACUAAUAAAACUGACCAACACGAAUGAUUUCACCAGUUCACCGGACGAGCGGACAGAAUACAUAUUUUUGGCGUUCUAGACAAGAACACAGGAGGGGACCUGAGAGUGGCUAAUUACUACAGUUAGCAAAUAAAAGAAUACUUCAUUCGCUAAUUGCAACUUGUAUCAUAACUUUACAAAAUCCUUUGAUUGUUCAACGUCGCCACAAUUUUAUAAUUUCACCAAGUGGUAAACAAUCCCUUUGUGAUAGUAUAUCAACAAUACAAAUAACAAUAGCUGAUAUUGAUAUUCAUCUUGUGUAUUUAGUCUUUCUAGACAGACAACAGAACUCAUUAAGAGCGAAACAAACCUUUAAACAUUGAAUGUUUCUCAUCUGCAGUUUAAAUCUUAAUUUACAACAAUUCGCUAAUGCAGAAUUUAUUAUGAUUCAAUGCAAUUGUCUGAUCUGUGUAUAUAUAUAUAUAUAUAUAUAUAUAUAUUUAUAUGAAUAUUGUCUGUUGUAGUCGUUUUUUCAAAUAUAUAUAUAUAUACAUACAAACACACACACACACACAGACAUUGACAUAAUGUGCUGCUAUGGCUGACUACUUACAUAUGAAACCAAGGUCUUGUCUUGAACACACAGAAACACACAGGAAGUCAGUGCACAGAGAAAGACAACAGACAGAGACUGUACGGAGCUGAGGAAUUAUUGUAUAUAUACUGUUUUGCAUUGUCAAUGUAUUGUUAAAAAAAAGCUAAAUCGUCUGCCCAUACCAGUCCUGUGGCAGGAAAAACACACAACCAUCAUAUCAUCCACCUCUGCAGCUUUGCAGCUUUAAAGUAUAUACACAUUGUUUACUGUACACCUAAAAUACAAACCAAUGCAGAUAAAGUGUUAGUAAAAAUACAGAUGCAGUGGCUGAGUGGUACAGAAUAAAUGAUAAGGUGACAAGAAGAAGUGACAUAAGUUCUGCUCAGAACACAAACAAACUGAAUACUGCAGAUUUAAAAUACUCGAUAAAA